GGCUUCGUGGUGGCAGCGGCAGCGGGAGGGCCCGCUUCCGGGCUUCGUCGGGGUGCGCAGCGUCCUCGGCCAGGCCUCGGUGGUCCAGGCCUGCCGCGCCUCGGCGCUCUCGGGGCUGUUCUCGGGCGGCGUCCAGCUGCUGGACACGCACGCGGAGGCGGCGCUGCCCCUGGAGGAGGUGCUGCCCGACAACGAGGUGUACAAAACCUUCUGCUUCCUGCUCGCCUUUUUCGUCGUCCUGCACACGUCCCACGCCUACCAGCGACUGAUGCACGGCGCCGAGAUGUUGCACACCGUCGUCGGGGAGCUCACCGAGCUGACGAAUCUGCUUUUUGCCUUCGCAAGGACUGCCAAGUCUGGACCCGGGGAGGUGCGCGACUUUAAGCGCUCGAUCGUGCGCCUGGUGAGCCUCCUCUUCGCAGUGAGCGUGGCAGAGGUGGAGGAGGGCGACUCCGAGAAGGGGCUCGGGUUCAAACUGAUAGACGUCAUGGGCAUUGACCAGGAGGUGAUGGACAGGGUGCAUUCCUCCGACAAUAAGCCAGAGGCAGUAUGCCACAUUACGUACAGCGCCAUCGUCGACGCCAUCUCCGCCGACACGCUGACCAUACCAGCCCCGCUGCUCACUCGUGUUUUUCAAGAAUUUGGCAACGCGAUGAUCAAGUUCAACGAGGUAAGAACAUUCAAGGCUGUACCCUUUCCCGCUCCGUAUGUCAUGUCUGCCAGGUGCUUGUUGUUCAUUCACGCCGUGCUUACUCCUCUAUACAUGGCGCACUGGACCUGGGGACCCCUUCAGGCAGCAGUUCCGACCGACUUUCAUACUGGUCUUCACGUUCCUCAUUCUGCACCUGGUUGCCCGCGAGUUAGAUAA